CAGGCAGGCACCAGGGCAGUUGCUUGGCUCUGAAGAGAGAAGGUCCUUCGAAUGAGCAGAGAGGCAAAGAGACCCUGAUCCUUGAAAUACGGAAAGGCAGCUGCACUUCCCUCCGGGGAUGCACAAGCCAAACUGCUCUCUCGCACAUGUUCUGUGAUUCUUCCAUGCAAUGCUCCUGAUGAAAGAGAGAAAUGAAAGGUUUCUUCCUCAUUUGGGACGUGAGUCAUCUCACACUUCAGUGGCAUGUAGGAAUAGCCCUCUAUGUUCUCUUCAGAUGGUGUCAUGGAGGUAUUACAACUAUAAACUGCUCUGGUAACAUGUGGGUAGAACCUGGUGAAAUUUUUCAGAUGGGGAUGAAUGUUUCUAUAUAUUGCCAAGAAGCCCUUAAGAACUGCCAACCAACGAAGCUUAAUUUUUAUAAAAAUUAUAAAAAAAUUUAUAAAAAUGGCUUCAAAGAAGAAUUCCAUAUCACCAUGAUUAAUAUAACAACAGCUCAACUUUGGUAUAAAGGCUUUUGGGAGCCUCAUGCCUAUAUGUAUUGCACUGCUGAAUGUCCUGGACAUUUUCAAGAGACACUCAUUUGUGGAAAAGACAUUUUCUCUGGAUAUCCACCAGACGCCCCCAGUGAAGUGACAUGCGCCAUUUAUGAAUACUCAGACAACAUGAUUUGUACCUGGGACGCUGGGAAGCCCACCUACAUAGAUACCAAGUAUGUGGUGCACGUGAAGAGUUUAGAGACAGAAGAAGAACAACAGUAUCUUGCCUCGAGCUAUGCUACCAUCUCCACUGACUCAUUACAAGGUGGAAAGAAGUAUUUGAUAUGGGUCCAAGCUGUCAAUGCCCUAGGCAUGGAGGACUCACCGCAACUACAAAUCCAUCUGGAUGAUAUAGUAAUACCUUCUGCAGCCAUCAUUUCCGGAGCUGAGACUAUAAAUGCUACUGUGCCCAAGACCAUAAUUUACUGGGAUAGCAAAACCAUGAUUGGAAAUGUAUUCUGUGAAAUGAGACACAAAGCAACAACAAACCAAACGUGGAAUGUUAAGGAAUUUGACACCAACUUCACAGAUGUGCAGCAGUCAGAAUUCUACCUGGAGCCAGACAGCGAGUAUGUAUUUCAAGUGAGAUGCCGAGGACGAGGUAGAAGAAGCUGGCAGCCCUGGAGUUCACCCUUUGUUCACAAAACUCCCCAAACAGUUCCCCAGGUCACAUCAAGAUCGUCCCAUGAAUCUCAGAAGAUUGGGAUGCUUGCUGCUACAGUCAUUAAAAGACAUUCUAUUUUCGAUAAUAGUCAAGACAUUGGAUUUUUGUCGGGAAUGGUCUUCUUGGGCAUCUUGUUGCCGAUUUUCUCUCUGAUUGCGAUGUUUAACAGAUCACUUCGAAUAGGAAUUAAAAGAAAAGUCUUACUGGUGAUCCCAAAGUGGCUUCAUGAAGAUAUUCCUAAUAUGGAAAAUAGUAAUGUUGCAAAAUUGCUACAGGAACAAAGUGUACUUGAGGAUAAUACUGCCAGUGAGCAGGACCUGUAUGUGGAUCCUGUGCUUACAGAGGUAAGUGAAACCACUCCCCCGGAGCACAAGCCCACAGGUUACAAGGAAGAAAAGCUCAUGGGCCUCCUGGAGACCAGAGACUGUCCGCUAACAAUGCUGUCUACCAGCUCUUCUGUUGUGUAUAUUCCCGAUCUCAACACUGGCUACAAACCCCAGAUUUCAAAUGCUCCCCCUGAGGAAAACCAUUUCAUUAGCAGAGAUGAGGAGUCUACAACCCUUGAGGCCACAGGUGACUGCUUUGCCAGACUGAAAAUAUACCCCAACUUUGCAUUUUCUUCUUCAAGUACGACUUUACUAAGCAAAACACUAAUUCUUGAUGAAUUGAACCUUGUUUUAAAUCAAGGUGAAUUCAAUCCUCUUGAAAUACAAAACUCAAGACAGGAGGAAACCACCAUGGUUUUGGAAAGUGGCUCAGCCAGUGAAACUAUCCCAGAGCAGACCCUGCUUUCUGAUGAAUUUGUCUCCUGCUUGGCAAUCGGGAGUGAGGACUUGCCAUCUGUUCAUUCUUACUUUCCACAGAACAUUUUGGAAAGCCAAUUCAGUGGGAUUUCACUCUUCAAAACUAGACUAUCCCAUCAAAGUCAGUGAAAGACGCCGCCUUUCCACUGAAGGCCAAGUCUUCCCUCAAAAGAAGUAUACGUACACUCGCAAGAUGUCAGGAAUGAACUCUCCUCAUUGGCAAAACAAAACAAAAACAGUGAGGGUAGAUUUGUUUGCUUGUUUUCAUUUUCAUUUUUUAAUAUUCGCACUUGAGACAGGAUCUCACAUAGCCAGGUUUGACUCCAGUGCUCUACAAGACCAAGGAUGACUGAACUCCAACGUUUCCUGCCUCUUCUAAAAUGCUAGGAUUAAAGGUGUGUGCCUCCAGGACUAUUCCUCUCAUAGUUUCUUCAUUAAGUUGUACAGAACAGCUUUGUUUGUAUAAAGAAUAAAUACUGAAGAAUAGGUACUAGUGAAAUGUGGGUCUUUAAAAUCAAAACAUGAAUAUUUCUUUGCAAAGGCAGAAUCAAGUUUAAUUUUUAUCUUAUCACCUAAAGUUAGCUAUAGAGCCAAACCACAAAACAAGGAAAAGCAGAAACAGAGACUAGCUGCUAAUUAAUAUACUUGCUUAUUGUUCUUCCACUAUUUUCUUUGUUUUGGAUUAAAAAAAAUUGUAAAUCAAGGGUGGUUGGAACCAUGGAGCUGAUUCCUCCAUUCACUUUUAAGUGGUGGGCAUCAUGUUGUGGCAAACACCAGUAUUUACAUUCUAACAGAAAUCAUGCCAGGGAGUAGGCACAGGAUUGGCAAGACAGGUGGUUUGACUGUUAUUCUCAACCAGGUGUUGAGGAUCUCAGAAAACCGCCAUGAAAACAGAUACAUAUCCUACUUUGGAAUGGUGGACACACACUACAUCUACCCUUGUCCCAUAGCCAGUGUGUGCUGCAGACAUUGCAAGUUGCUCCCUACAUGCCUCAGUUUACCUUCUUCUCAUUCUCUGAAGCCACUGUGCUCCAAAGUAGAACAACUAGUCCCAAUGUAAAAUGCUUAGAACCUGAUGGAAAGUCUAUUGCCUAUCCUAAAAUCUGUGUGUAUUUGUUGUAUUUUACAUAAUCUAAAAAGAAUGUUUAGUGUCACUCACAAAAUUGUAAUUGUUAAAUAUCCUGACUUGUAAAUUAUAAUAACUUUGCUUUAUUCUUCUCUAAGGGGAGACUGCCAGUAAGGGAAAGGGGCAGGUUAGACUUGAUGCAAAAUGCCAGGACAGAUCACCUUUGUGUGUUGACUGAUCUGGUCUAUUGAGAAGGAUAUUUACAUAGGCCAUUUCAUUGUAAUCAUAAAUAUAACGCAUUUAGAAAGCUUUUGCCCAGUUUUAGGGAUGAAAGCAAAGAGUUCUUUGCUCAUCUGUCGAUGCUUCCGGAACAGUGUGUGCCUCUCACCCCAGGCGAUGUGAAGGAAGCAGCAGUUUUUGGUAUCUCCUCCCACCACGUGCCUUUUUUCAUGUUCAGCACAGGAAAAACUUUUUUUUUUUCAAAUAAGCUUACAAAGUAGCAAGUUUCUUUGUGGCUUUAACAUUUAUACUCAGUUUUGGCUGACACUCUCCCUACUUGAUCUUCUUGCCCCCAGUCCACUUAAGCCCUCCCCACCCCAGAACUUCACUUGUACUUGCAUAACAAAUGUUUUCUAUUACCUUCCCCACCUCUCUCCCUUAGAAGUCAUUUCCCCCUCCCUAGGGCCCCUUUCUAGUUUCCUAUGGCCCACUGUUGUAAUAUGGAGAUCAACACAGAACCCAGUUGCAGCAGGACCACGGACCCAGAAAUGGCCUAAGCAGCAGUGCAAGCCUGAACAUUACCAUUGCUCCAAGUGACAGCACAGGUCACCCAGAUUAGUAUGGUCCUGGUUACAGCAUAGCCCUCGGACACUAAAGUAAGUUCAAGUGGCUGACCAGACCCCUGGCAUUGUCACAGCCUUCGAUGGCAUCAGGAGUCAUGGGCAUUAAAACAGAUCCAGGCAUAACCCUAGGCAACAGCCCUGGCCCAGACAAUACCAUGGACCCAGCUGUUAGUGCAGGCCACUCAGAUAAGCAUGGCCCCAGCAGUAGCAUUGCCCUUACACACCAACAUGGCCAUAAGUUGUCGCUUAGACCCCAGGCAUCCAUGUCACCUUUGAUGGCAUCAUAGCCACAGGCAUCAAUACAGACCCAAGCUGUGGUAGGAUCACGGACUCAGACAUGAUCCCCAGCAGUAGUCCAUGCUUGGAUGUCCCCAUUUUUAGAAUUCAGGCAUUAUGUUGGUCCCUGUAACCUGGCAGAAUAAACCCAGGCAGUACCUUAGCAAGUGGAAGACUUGUAUGACAAGAACUUUAAAUCUUUGAAGAAAGAACUUGAAGAAGACACCAGAAAGUGGAAAGAUUUCCCAUGCUCU